ACUAAUUAUUUUGUGGAACAAACGUUAGCAUUGUUAAUUAUUGAAAAGCGAAGGAAGAUACCGAGAAGUUAUACUCAUUGACCAUUUGAUGUAUGGCGAAUGGAUGAAAGGGUCGGUAAGCUGCAACCAAACGCCCAAAUGAAACAAUAACAAGACAAGCUUAGUCAAGAUUGGAUUGCAGAACAAAGGUCAGGUUUGAUUGUGGUGUCACAAUAAUUAUGUUGGUGAAAUGUUUUGGCGACAGAAAUUCAUCGUAUCCAACAGUAAUCGAAGAGUUGUGUUGUAAAUUUUCUCUAGCUGAUCUUAAGAAAGCAACCAACAUCUUUGAUCAAAACAGACUAAUUGGAGAAGGAUUCGAUGGUAGUAAAGUAUAUAAAGGUUAUCUCCAACAUAAUCACUAUGCCGUCGCAGUGAAGCGAUUUAAUGUGAAAAGCACUCGUGGAUGGGAACAAGCGUUCAAUAAUGAAAUAGAGUUGCACUGCCAGCUUCGUCACCCUAAUAUCAUCUCUCUUAUAGGAUUCUGCAACCACAAAGAUGAGAAGAUUAUUGUGUAUGAAUACAUGUCCAAUAGAUCUCUAGAUCGACACCUACAAGCACUCUCAUGGAAGAAAAGGGUAGAGAUAUGCAUUGGAGCAGCGCGUGGACUACACUACCUUCAUGCCGGAUUAAAGCGCACCAUCAUUCACCUUGAUAUCAAACCUGUCAGCAUUCUUUUGGAUCACAACAUGCACCCAAAACUCACCUAUUUAGGCUAUAGCGUAAAGGGAGCAGAUUUUAAGUCAAAACCUAAACCAAUUCAUUUAGACAAUAUUAAAGGUACUUUGGGGUACAUAGCACCGGAGUAUUACAAGGACAGUACCGUGACAGAUAGAUGUGAUGUUUUCUCAUUUGGUGUGGUUCUACUAGAAGUUGUUUGGGGAAGAAGAUUUUUCGACAUGAUAAAAAGGGGAUAUUUUCUGGAGAAGCCCGUUGAGGAGGAUAUUGAUCCGAAUAUAAAAGGAAAGAUUGCACCAGAGUGUUGGCAAGUCUUUAUAGAUGUCACCCUAAGAUGCUUGAAUGAAGCAGAUGAGAGACCGUCAAUGGGUGAAGUAGAGGUGGAACUUGAGCAUGCUCUGUCUUUGCAGGAACAAGCAGAUAUCACAAACACCGAUGGUGUUUAUACCUUACAUUCCACCACCAUUAUUCCCAGGGAAGACAGACCGGGAUGGAACUCUCACAUACAUUAUAUGCAGCGACGCUUGUUACAAUAGCAACCGUAGAUAGUUCCUGGUGGAGAACUAACAUGUUGAAAACAGCAGGCUGAUAAGAAUGGAAAAUGAGUUUCAAAAAAGAUAUAUUUCUGGAAACAAUUUGAUCAGUGAGUAAGUUGUAUAAGCAACCAAACAAUUUGAGAUGCAAUAAGGUAGGAAGUUUUUUAUGCAGACUUUCAUAUGGUAAUUUAUUAUGCAGUAAAGGAGUUGGAAUGCAUUUAAUGAAUAAUGAUAUGUAUGGAGUGUGUGAAUGUGUGAUGGCAUAAGACCAAAGUUAGUGUGGUAGUUGUGCUUGGAGAAUCAAUGAUCUUGCAACGUUAGUUAUAUGCUGAUGCUUCCUCUCAACAAUCUCAUUUUGUUGACGAGAUUCAACUCAUGAUGUUUGGUGCGAAAUGAAUUUGGUGAGAUAAAAGUCAUGCAUCAUAAUUGAAAUAAGGCAAUCUUUGAAUAUGCAAAAUUUUUUUUAGAGAUACUUCUUGGUUUCUGAUUUGUUUUGCAUUAAAACAGUCCGAGUGAAUUGGGAAGUCAUCUACCAUAGUUAAAAAAUAAUUGUAACCAUGAAUAGAAGGAAUUGAAUAAGGCCUCCAAUAUCAACAUU